AUGUCUGCACUCAACUUUCUUGUCCUUCAGUUUCUCAUUUUCCUCCCGAAACACGUUCAUUGUCUGAUGAAUUCCUUUCCGCAAGAGAUCAUCGACUCCAUCAUCGAUGAAAUACCACGCACCGAGCCCUUUACCAACCUCAAAAGUUGUUCUUUAGUGGCAAAAGCUUUCCGCCGUCAAGCCCAGGGCAACUUCUUUCCGUAUUCCUUCUGCGCGAUCACGCUACCCAUCCGAGCUCGAUCCCCCGACCUGUCUUCUGAACUAAAACGCUGCGAAGCCUUUUACGAGCUUAUUCAAGGAAACCCCGACAUCGCUAAACAUGUUCGACAUGUCACGUUCAAGGAUGUGGACUUGUUUGAUGCGAUCGAAGCACAUGAAAGGCAUAGAGUGGAGUUCAUGGACAAGACUCGGCAUCUGGUAGACCAUACGCUACAUCUCGUCUUAAACAAACUCGUCAAGCUGGAGACCCUCGAGCUGCACUUCUUCGAUCUAUCGAGGAUAUCGACUAAAUUCGUCGCUGCCCUCUUGGCACGUCCAGUCACCCACCUCAUAUUGGAUGACGUCUUCAUUCAUCACAUCGAGGACCUGCUCACUCUGAUCCGGACUUCACCGGAGUUGCGCUCAUUGGCCCUGGGGAAGAUAACCUUGCUGGAUUAUGAAUACCAGCGCCGAAAUCUGCCGUAUGAGACGGAGAGACUCACUCUGAGCUACAGCGAAUUAGCAUCGUCCCGUGGUCCGUGCAGCCCAGCUGAAGUGGAGACCGUGAUAUUUGAAUUAUCCGAGGCUUCAGUCUUACGAAGUAUGGAGGCGUUAAGCCGUCCCGAGUCUCCCAUCUCCUUCGAUAGGAUCGAAAACUUUGAGGUGUAUUCCAAAGCGGCAUACGAAAAUACUCCUGGCUCUGUGAACGAUGCUUUGGCCGAGAUAUCGAUUUGGCUGGGUAGCUUUCCUCGUCUCCGCAAGUGCGUUCUUCCGCUACUCAUUCCCAGAGACCACCAAAACCGACCAGAUGCACUAGGACCAGCUCUCCACAUCAAACAUGUUGAAUCCCUACGCGUCGUCUUCAACCUAAACAGCACUGAGGAUAUUAUAGCAUCUUUGGAUUGGUGGACAAACAACUUCGAAAUGGCCUGCGGCCAGGAUUGCAUGAUCCAAGAGAUCGUACUCGAGUUCUCCAUCAUGGCGGAGGAUUGGGAUAUCUCCGAGAUCGACUUUGUAGAGGGCAAUUGGUGGUACCUCGAUGAUCUCUUUGUCGACAAUGAUAAAGGUCCUAAGAUGCCUUUGCUCAGAAAUGUUUCGAUUGAUUUCCGUUCCGACGGGGGGUUUGAAAUACGUACGAGGCAGCGUGUGGGGUUCUAUAAUCGAAUGGCACACAUUCAGAUGCUUGCUAUCAGUUCUCAGAGUGGGACUGCCCCUAAGCGGGAUGUCGUAACCUUUGACCUAAUCCCUUAUCUUUUAGCCUAUAUCGAAUGCAUGGACCGUGUCUGUGUACGACAUAUUCUUGGCUGUCAGGUGCAAUUCUCGGGCUUUACUGGCUUUGUCGCUGCUUUUCCUCAGUCCGCAAGGGCUUAA